UGUGUGUGCAUAUGUGUGCUGUGGCUGGCUAAAGACCCCUGGGCCUGGAUUCUGAUUUCUGCGAGAGUUGUAUUUGAAGACAGAAGACUGAGUAACUGAGCUUGUCGGCGUGGAACUAAGUUUGUGGUUCGCAAGAGUCUGCUUUUCCUGUCCAUUCAAGGGCAUUGUUGGGGGUCCUAAGAUCAGUGUUGCACUGAGGCCAGUCGGUAAAGCAGUGAGGCCUCAUGGACCCUGCCAGACGUGGGAAGCUUUGCCACAGAGGAUGUAUGAGCUGACACGGUGACUUUCUCCAGUAAAUUUCUAGAUCUGACCUCUCACAGCCAUGGGGGAUUGGAACCUGCUGGGAAAGCUCCUGGAAAAAGCCCAGGAGCACUCCACCGUCGUGGGGAAGGUGUGGCUCACUGUCCUGUUCAUCUUCCGCAUCCUGAUCCUGGGUGCUGCGACAGAGAAGGUGUGGGGCGACGAGCAGUCGGGCUUCACCUGCGACACCAAGCAGCCCGGUUGCGAGAACGUAUGCUAUGACAUCACUUUCCCCAUAUCUCACGUCCGGUUCUGGGUGCUGCAGAUAAUCUUUGUAUCCACACCGACUCUGAUAUACCUGGGGCACAUUCUCCAUCUAGUCCGGAUGGAGGAAAAGCAGAAAGAGAAAGAAAAUGAGCACAGUCAUCAAUCAGACAAACAGACUCUCAUUGUGGAUGUGCAGCACAAGAAGGCUCUGAUAAGAGACAAUAAGGGACGAGUCCGCCUGCAGGGGGAGCUUUUGCGGACAUAUGUCUUCAAUGUGAUCUUCAAGACGCUGUUUGAGGUGGGCUUCAUCGUGGCCCAGUACUUUUUGUACGGCUUUGAGCUCAAACCCAUGUACACAUGUGACAGACCCCCCUGCCCCAAUGUGGUUAACUGCUACAUAUCCCGCCCUACAGAGAAAACCAUCUUCAUCAUCUUCAUGCUUGGAGUGGCCUCUGUGUCUCUGUUCCUCAACCUCAUAGAGAUCUACCAUCUGGGUUUCACCAAGUGCCGCCAGGGCAUCACCUUCAGGAGGCGCAACCAGUCCCAUGAGAGUACCUCCAAGGAGCCCGGCGAGACUGCAGUGCCGUUUGCCCCAAGUUACGAUGACUACUUCCACGAGCACCACCAAGUCCAGCCCGCUUACCCGCCGGUGCCCUGCUACACCGCGGCCACAGACUCGUCCUUCCACCCCUACCACAGCAAGGCAGCCUACAAACAGAACAAGGACAACUUGGCGGUGGAGAGGAGCAGCAGCAGCAAGCCAGAGGAAUGUGACCUGAAAGGAAAGAAGGGAGCAGGAUCUGCCCCUGGGUCACCUACGCAGGCCAGGCCUGGCCACAGUGCCAAACACAGCAACAACAAGACUAGAAUAGACGAUCUGAAGAUAUGAGGAGGUUUAUGUUUCUCUGAGGGGUCUUAAAAUGUGCAAGGGGAUCAUAUGUUGCUUGGAAGUGUUCAUACAUGCCAAACUGACUCCCCUGUCGCUGCGGCAACAGACUAGUUUUUGUAUCUGUGUUUUCUAAGUUGUAUUGACUGGUAUGAAUCUUUCCACCAUUCAGAGAGGGUCUGCUCAGGUUUACAGUGAGCUCGUCUUUAUUUUUCUCAACGUGUGAAACAUCUAGAAUUCAGGGCUGGAACUUGCUCAGCACUGACCUGACCUCAUUCGUGGAAAUCAAAUAGGGAGAAAAGUUAAAUUUAACUCCCUUUAAAUGUUUUGAGGUCAUCAUCUAGCAUAGUUCACUUGCUUAGACUUGAAGUAAGGAGUUGUGCAAUACCUGACAAUUUAUUAGAGGCUUGAACUGCUGUUACUAAUUCCAAAGUGCGCCUCAAAAACAGAUAUUGCACGGGUCUCAGGAGUUCCCACAUUUUUACUGUCUCUUUUCUUUUUUCUUUUUUUUUAUUGAGGCAGCCAGAAAGUAGGUAAUGAAAAGCAUGUGAUUGGUUUAUUCUUGUUCAUGUCUGGAUUUGUGGCGUUUGUUUGCUUUGAAGCACUUGAUGACAACCUUGUUUGCAAACCUGCUUGAAAUAAAUUGUCUUAAAUUUGCA